AUGCCUGUCAUGGAGUCUGACCAGUGGAGUUCCGGAAUCUGUGACUGCACCGAUGACAUGGCAGACUGUGUAUGUGUGUAUGUGUGUGUGUAUGUAUUUGUGUGUGAUACGUGCGUCAUAUUUUUGUGCAUGUGUGUGUGAUCACAUUUGUUUAUAUAUAUUAUUAUGAUAAUGUGUUUGUGUGUGCAUUUUUAAGAUUCAUAGUUUAUAUAAGUGUGUAUUAUUGAUUGGUGCUUUAUUCACUUUGGCCAGGCUGUUUUGGAUGCUGGUGUUGUCCCUUCCAUGCCUGUAUACAUGCAAGGCAGAACGGACAGUGUCUUUGUCUCCCUCUGCUGGACAUCUUUGGCAUCAUCCCGCCCGUCACAAUGUCAAUAAGUGUGUCAAUGCGCCAGUGCUACAGCAUCAAA